AUGACGUCGCAUCAGGGGCGAUCCAACGUUUGGCAGCGGGUUAUCCCCGAAUUAGCAAGCGAAAAUCGAUAUCUGAUGCAUCUGCUCCUAGCAUUAGGGGGUAUACAUAUGGUCAAACAAAAAGUCGAUGCUAGUGGCACUGUGAGGUUCGGAGACUCAGAUACGGUGGACUUGGCGAUCAUCAUGGAACAUCAUCAAAGAGGGUUGGAAGGCUUUAGAGAAGAGGUCUCCCGCCUUUCUCCCUCGAAUGCCGAAGCUGUUUUCACGGGAUCAUUACUUGUGGUUGCAUUUGCAUUCGCAUUCCUCAAGAUUCAGGACCUCAACCCGCUCACUAGACCUACCGAAGAGAUGAGCGGCGCCAUGGCAGAUAUUCCUUCCACAAAUAGUAUCCCACGCCUCAACUGGCUGUACCUCAACCGGGGUGUAACCUCUGUGAUAAGUGAUCAAUGGUGGGUUUUGAAAAGCAGCCGGAUUCGGCAGAUCUUGGCACUACGAUCCGACGAUCAGUCUUGGGCGGAUUCAUCAUCCCAUGCACCGUCUCGACUUUCUCGCUGUCCACCCCGCAUAUUGAGGUUUGCAGAAGGUGCUCAUCAAGCAAUUACCUCCAUCAAGGAUUCGUUGAAUAUGGCUGAACCCACUCGGGAUGACCUAUCCAGCUGUUCGGGCACACCAACAUCUCAACCCUCACCGUCCGGGACUUUAGAGUGGGCCAUGGAUGCGCACCUUGAGACAAUACGCAUCCUAGAAUCUUUUUACUUGCGCAUUCUAUCUGUACUGCGGUGCGCGGUAACCGAGAUUGACACCAGCAAGGAGAUCCAGGUGGAUUUUGAAGAGGCAGCAAUUUUGUCCUGGCCAUGUUCACUCCCAAGUGCUUUCUUAGCUUCGCUUGAGCGGAGCGACUCUAACAGCCUCCAUGGAUACUCGCUUGUUAUCCUCGCUCAUUUUUAUUUGAUGAAUACUCUGGUCGAUACCUGGUAUAUGAGGGGAGCUUUCGAACUCGAGAUACUCCGAGUCAACACGCUGAUUGAAUCCUUGGAUAGCAGUCAACUGUCAACAUUUAUGCUUUGGCCCAAAGAGGUCAUGAACUUGCCAUUGACCUCUACAUCAUAG